UGCUCGUUUCUGUCACUCUGUAACCACAUGAUCAGGCAAGCGCAAUCCUAACCCUGUCGAUCACCUACACACGGACCCUACUCAUCUCCAGGUUUGACCACCAACCCUCAACCGGCUCCACAUGUUUCUUGAUCACUAUAGUUCAAUUCGUACAGGAUUUUUUUUCUUUUCCCUGUAUGAAUGCCACCGAAGCCUGAUACUGUAAUUGGAUUGUGUAUUCUGUUGCGUAUACCGUAUGCUGCGUCUGAAUUGCGUUUGUGUCAUUAGAUGUCACGCAGCCAGGCACUCGAUCAGAUGCCGUACCACUAGUGAUAUCUGCAGCAGUAAGAUGUGUGUAUGCCAAGUUUGAGAUUAAAGGGUCCUUUAUUACCCCUUCCAUGGAAUGCAAGAAGUCGUUUAGUAUUAGUGACAGUAAAUAAGGUCAUUAACUAGCAAUAAGUAAUAAAAUAUUAAGUUUCAUUAAGUUGUUGUGUUGAAGGGAACAAGUCUUGUUUAGGACUCUAUAUAUUACGACACCCCCCGUACAAUUCUCUUUCCUGAGAGGUGUAGGCAGAUAACAAAAUUGCUACUCAAUCUCUCUCCCCCCCUACCUUACAUAGCUUCUGAAAUCCCCAAUGGAUUUCAGUUGCUUUCAGCCCAACGCAGGGAUUUGUAAUUACUUGCCAUUUGAUUGCAUGCAGCAGCAGAAUGGAUACUAUGACUUCCAUCCUGCUGAUCAUCCAUUUGAAGCUAUUGGGGACUAUAUAUCUGCUGGCUCUAUGGUACCCCCUGCAACCUUCAACGACCUUGGACACCAGUACUUUGAUGAAAGAGAAAUCAAGAAGCCCAUCUUCAACCAUGCUUCAUCGAUCAGUCACAGAUUUGGAUCUCAGCUGCCUCUGCUGACUCCCAAAACCGAGGUUUCUAAUCUCAUAGAAACUGGCCUCGGAUCAUAUAAGGCUUAUGAGAUGAGUGACAGGUUUGUGCCAAGAAAGAAGACCUCUAGUAAUUCUCUGAAGAAACCCAAUGUUGUGAAAGGGCAAUGGACGCCAGAAGAGGAUAGGAAACUGGUAAAAUUAGUGGAACAGUUUGGACUGAGGAAGUGGUCUUUCAUAGCACAAAUGUUGCCAGGAAGAGUAGGAAAGCAGUGCAGAGAAAGAUGGCACAACCAUUUGAGGCCGAACAUCAAGAAAGACAUUUGGAGUGAGGAGGAAGACAUGGUCCUGAUACAGGCACACAAGGAAGUGGGCAACAAAUGGGCAGAGAUAGCUAAGCGCCUGCCCGGUAGAACAGAGAACUCCAUAAAAAACCACUGGAACGCAACAAAGAGGAGGCAGUUUGCGCGACGGCGUAGCCGCACUAGCUCCAAGCGCCCCAAGUCAGGCACCCUUCUUCAGAACUACAUCAAAGGCCUUGGCAUCGGCCCAAGCAAGAACGUUGCGCCUCUUGCUCAGCCCACACUGCCACCGUCGUCGCCUGCAACAACACCAGGGGCAAACCCAGCAAAGAUCGACGAAAUGCUAGGAGAGCACAGGCCGUCCGACAUACUGGAUCUCCAGGGGAUGCUCGGCGUGCACGAGUACAAUCGCAGGGAGACUGAUCAGUCCUGUGAAGAACUCCUAGCCCCUAUCUGCAGUGAUGACUUUUCAGUAGCUGACAUGUGCGAAGGCCUGUUCGAUACAAAGGAGGACGCCAGCUGCUUCCAAGUCUUCGCGGUGGACGAGGACGUCGACAUGAGCUACAUCUUCAACCAUCUCGAUCAGGCGAUCAAGGUCGAUCCUGAGAUUGACAUGGAGAUGAUGUGGGACGACGACGCCCUGGGAUGCGCUGAGCCUGCCGGUGCCGGAUCAGCUCAGAUGGAGACUGUGCAUGUGAAGGAGGAGAUGGACCUGAUGGAGAUGGUGGCGGCCACGCAGAAGUACGCCGAGACUGAAAAGAACUAGAUAAGUGAUUGGAUACAUGCUUAAGUAUAUUAUAGAUAAAUAACUGCACGACCUGAAAGAUGUAACUAAGUUAUAUAUACAAGCUAGUAUUAUAGAAACUGCACGGCCUUUUUUUUUGUUUCUUUGAAAGAAAAACUCUACGA